AUCCGGCGUUGCCGCUUUCUGACGAAGGUACGUCUUUCCGCCAGUCUUGCCCAUCUCUCGUGGAGCCCUCGUCUGGCCCUCGGGGCAGUACAGCCCCGUGGGACACAUCAACAAAGGCUGAACCCACAUGCUCCCCUUUUAGCCCAGGAUUUGGCGUCUGACCAAUGUCUGUCACUUCUCAACUCAUGA